CCAAAAAAAUAAAAAAUUCAUCAAUGAUGAGCUCUAUGGUUCUUUCAUCACCUUUGAGUGGUCUAUCACAUUCCAAAUUAAUAACAAACUCCAAGAACUCUUCUUCACCCUCUAAGUCUUUAUGUAUUUAUUUUUCAAACAAAAAUAUCUCUCUUGAAUUCAGCUCCAAAUCUUCAUUUAUGCAUGGUGAUUUCACUUUUCCUUCACCAAAUCUCUCAACAUUUGUAUCAAAAUCUCAAUCUUCUAACAUUAUCACUGCCCAAACUUCUCCACUUGGAGAACAUGUUAUCUAUGAUUUCCAAGCUAAGGAAAAGAGAAGAGGUCUCUCACUCAGUUGCUUUAGAGAGAAAGUUGUUCUGAUUGUCAAUGUUCCUGAGCAAGGUUCCGUGUGGACAGAGUCGCAGUACGACUUACUUCAUCAUCUAUAUGACAAGUAUAAAUCUCAAGGGUUUGAGAUAGCUGCAUUUCUCUACAAUAAGAAAGAAACAGACAAGGCAGGACAUAGAUAUGCACAAAAAGCACCACCAAGGGGGCAACUACAGAUUAGUGCUGCUAGGUUUCGAUUAUUCGAUAAGGUAAAAGUUAAUGGUCCAAGGGCACAUCCACUUUUUGUACAUCUAAGGUCAAAAUUUGGUAUGGGAAAAGCUAUCACUACUGAAUUCCACAAGUUUUUGGUAGAUAGAAAUGGAGUACCUUACAAAAGCUUCGGAUUGGACACCCCAGGUCAUGUAAUCGAGGAAGAGGUUAAGCUUUUACUCUUGGAGGAUGCAGAUUGACAAAGUUUAAGCUUCCCACUAGGAUGGAUGACACAUUACUUAUUUACCUUGACCUUUUGGUGUUUUCGGUUUUUUACAUACAAAUUCUCUAAAAUUAAAAUAAAAUUCUCUUGGAGAACACUUGCUGAAAAUAAGCACAAUUUAUGUCUGAAUUAGGCUAAUGAUGACUUGUUUAAAUUAUUAUUCCAGUGCUAGUGAAAUAUUUUCGAAGUGUGUGCUCUGUGAGACUAAUUUUUUUU